ACACACACACACACACACAGAACAUUAUUCCUGUUUUCUGCCAUUCAUUUAUUUUAUGCUACAGCAAACACACAGACAUGAACACAAGAUGUUCCAUGCAUGAUGUUUCAUUAUUAUUAUUAUUGGAUGCAGUUCUCAGAGUGGACACAGGCUGGCAGGGGGGCGCUCUCUCUCUCUUGUGUCUCUCUCUCUCUCUCUCUCUCUCUCUGUAUCUCUCUUGUGUCUCUCUCUCUCUCUCUCUCUUCUCUCUCUCUCUCUCUCUCUGUCUCUCUCUCUCUCUCUGUCUCUCUCUCUCUCUCUCUCUCUCUCUCUGUCUCUCUCUCUCUCUCUCUCUCUCUGUCUCUCUCUCUCUCUCUCUCUGUCUCUCUUUCUCGUAUUUGUUGUUCACUCUGUUUAUAAUCAGCAUCUCUUUGUUUACAGUUUAUUUAUUCAUCCUGCUCUCAGCGGAGGGAAACUCAUCUGAACACAUCACCUGAUGUCCAUCUGAAAGAGUUUAAUGUGCUGCAUCAGUUCACUUCACCUCUUAUCUCAUUCUCAGUGAUGUAGAUUGUUCCUGUUUAAACUUUGUGCAGUUUGUCUAUACGCAUCAUUCACCAGCCAUCACACAGCUGAUAUAAUUACCUUUACUUACAUGUAUGGUGUUCGACAGACCUUCUGAUUAUUAACUCAUUUAUACAUCUCAGCUGUUGAGGGUUCAGGGCCUUGCUCAGGGGCCCAGCAGAGGCUGUUUGGUGGUCCUGGGAUUCAGACUCAUGCUAGCACUGAGCUAACACAUCCCCUGCUUUGUGCUGGACGUCUCAGUCAUAGGCGUUUAAACCACUAUCCUGAACGGCUAGGCCCAGUUUUAAUAUCAGACAUAAUUAGAUCAGGAGAUCAGAUCACAACUGACCCGAGGCAGAGAUCUGAUCUACAGAGAGCUGAGAGGAGAAACAUGCUGCGUUCAUGACUGUGACGUCGAGAGGGGAAACACCGUGAGACAUACGAGUGACAUAACGAAGUCUCACUGAAGACAACUAGUAACAGAUACUUAUUGUACAUAGAAUAUCAUAUAGAAAUAUGACUCAGAAAUAUGACUCAGAAAUAUGACUCAGAAAUAUGACUCAGAAAUAUGACUCAGAAGUAUGACUCAGAAGUAUGACUCAGAAAUAUGACUCAGAAAUAUGACUCAGAUGUAAAGAAGAAAUAAAAACCUCAGAAUUCACUAUUUAACACAGUUCAUGAUUCUGGAUUUAUUUUAUUAUUAGAGAUGAUUUAUAUGAGUAAAGACAUCAGACCAGACCGAGAAUUUAUAACCUAAAGAUUUAAAAAUGAUUAUUAAUGUGUUAGGACAUAAACAUCUUCAUAAACAUUUAAACCUAAAUCAUAAUCCAGGUUGUUAUUCGUUCACAAACUUUUACUCUACCUGAAGGAUUUCAUAUGUUUAAGUGCAGAGGAACCGAAAGCUGCAUCUUCUCCUGAAAAGUCACUAAAAUAAUUACAACAAAAAUCAUUUAUUUAGAGAUUUUCAGCUGAGCUUGUGUGAGGAAUGGAAAAGAGAAUAAACCUGAAUUCCCGGUCACCAUCGACACAGCAAUAAAAUAUAAUAAUAAAAUAAGUGAAGAGUUUAACAUUUGUGUAAAAAAUAAAAUUUAAAUAAACAGAUAAAAUACUACAAAAAAGUUAAUUAUAGAUAAAAAAGAGAAACUUUUACACAGUUUGAAUUAAACUGUCCAGCCUGACAAGCACACACACACACACACACACACACACACACACACACACACACACACACACACACACACACUGAUGUGUUGGGGAAACUGCUUAAAGGAAAUCCUCUUUAUUCUAUCCAGUGUAUGAAUUGUGUUAAUAUGUAGACAUAAAGUGAAGAAAAAAAUGAAAGUGUUUAAAAAACACCAGAUAACAAUAUUGUAGUCGUCAUUUACAUGUAAAAUGUUAACAGAGCAAAAAAUAACAAAGAUUUAAAAAAAAGUAAGUAAGUCCUCAGUAAGGUUACAGCCAUCGUUGUGUUACUUUUGGUUUGGACUGCGAUGGGAUGUCUCUGUACCAUAUUCCUGUAUAAACACCUUUGUAUAUGAUGAUGUAAUUUACAGAUGAUUUUCUCUCGUCGCUGUACGAACGUGUUACGUAGAGACGGAACAUAAACCACACACCGGGAAAAUGUCUUUAUUUUUGUUUUGGAUGUUGAUUUGCUCUUCAUGCAGAGGAAGCAAGGCGGCACUCGGUGCGCUCCACGGGGGGUGAUGAUGAUGAUGAUGAUGAUGAUGAUGAUGAUGUGGUGUAUCUUCAGUCUCCUCACUGGUGUAGUGCCUGUCAUGUUAAUAUGCCAUCAAGCUCAUUUAAAUAUGCAUCAAGAUGAAAUGUGUAAAUCAUGUAAACUGAGAUGAAGAUGAGGAUGAGGAUGAAGGUGAAUUAGCAUUGAAAAAACCUGAUUAAAGUCGUGCUGAUGUUGAUAUUGCAAUAUUAGUUGAAUGGAAAAAAAAGCUUAAGAAAACAAAUGGUGUGAUCUCCUUUAUUCUCCUUUAUUCUCCUUUAUUCUCCUUUAUUCUCCUUUCCUCAGGUGAGUUAAUUCUGAUGUAAUAAGGUGUGUUCAGUAAACAGAUGGAUUCUCACUGAAGAGUGCAGGUCGUAUUUGU